ACCGGGGAAUCGUAAACAAGUCCACCAACAGCUGGAAGACCCCAUUGAUUCUUUAGUGUUAUUGAGCCUUUAGAAUGGGAAAUGCCGAUACCAAAUUACAUUUCCGAAAGGCCGUUGUGCAGCUUACGACGAAAACUCAGCCAAUUGAUGCAACAGAUGAUUCAUUUUGGGAGCAGUUCUGGGGGGAACAUGUGACUUCAGUGCAGGAUGUUUUUGCACUAAUACCUGCGGCAGAGAUUCGAUCCCUGAGGGAAGAAGCACCCUCUAAUUUAGCAACACUAUGUUACAAAGCUGUUGAGAAGCUUGUUAAUGCAGCAGAUACAGGAUGUUCAACACAGCAAGAACAACAAAUAGUACUGAAUGCAGUGCGGAUAUUGACAAGGGUGAUCCCCUACAUAUUCGAAGAUCCAGACUGGAGGGGCUUCUUUUGGUCAAGUCUUCCAGCUGGAGAGGAAGAUGGCCAAGGAGAGUCGAUGCCUUUAGCUCACAGCCUCAUGCAUGCCCUAUGUGAUUUGCUGUUUUGCCCCGAUUUCACAGUGACAACAAAUAAGAAGUCUGGACCGGACAAACAUGAAGAUCUUCAGAGUAUCGACAGUUGCGAGUUCAUCUGGGAGGCUGGUGUGGGAUUUGCUCACUCUCCCCCUCAUGUGCCAGCUCAAGACUUGAACCGAACGGAGAUCCUCAAACUCAUCCUCACCUGCUUCAGUCAGAGCAUUUAUCAGCCUUCUUCAGAUGGGACCGAGUCUCCAAAUCGCUGGAUUGCAGUGUUCACUUCAGCUGACAAUCGCCAUGCCUUACCUCUCUUCACAUCAUUGCUUAACAUUGUAUGCGGUUAUGAUCCAGUGGGUUUUGGUGUCCCUUAUAACCACUUGCUGUUCUCUGACACUCGAGAACCACUUGUGGAGGUGGCCCUACAGAUUCUCAUUACAACUUUAGAUCAUGAUGUAACUGCUGCUUUGUCAGAGAUAGAGGAGGCGACAGUCCCAGAUAAUCUCUUCAUUAAUUACCUGAGUCGCAUCCAUCGCGAGGAAGAUUUCUCAUUUGUCCUGCGUGGUUUCACAAGGCUCCUGAACAACCCACUUCAGCAAACAUAUCUUCCACAUUCCACUAAGAAAGUCAACUUCCACCAGGAGUUGCUGGUUUUCUUCUGGAAGUUCUGUGAUUAUAAUAAGAAAUUCCUAUUCUACGUACUAAAAAGUAGUGAUGUCCUAGAUAUUCUUGUUCCCAUACUAUAUCACCUCAAUGAUGCACGAGCAGACCAGUCAAGAGUGGGCCUGAUGCACAUUGGUGUAUUUAUUCUCCUCCUGCUUAGUGGAGAAAGGAACUUUGGUGUUCGCCUUAACAAACCUUACACUGCAUCUAUGCCCAUGGAUAUACCAGUGUUUACAGGUACUCAUGCAGACCUUAUGAUCAUCGUCUUUCACAAGAUUAUAACUACUGGCCACCAACGUCUCCAGCCCCUCUUUGACUGCCUUCUGACCAUCCUAGUUAAUGUAUCGCCAUACAUCAAGACAAUGUCAAUGGUGGCUGCCAAUAAGUUACUGCAUCUCCUGGAGGCUUUUUCUACCCCUUGGUUCCUCUUUUCUGCACCACAUCAUCACCAUCUGGUCUUCUUCCUCCUGGAAACAUUCAAUAAUAUCAUCCAGUAUCAGUUUGAUGGUAACAGCAACCUGGUCUACACAAUCAUUAGGAAACGGCAGGUGUUCCACUCCCUUGCAAACCUUCCAACGGACUGUGGUAGCAUUAACAAAUCCCUCAAUAAGCGAGGGAAGAGACCACUUGUCCGACAGCACUCCUCAAAGUCCCACCACGGCAGCCAGACUAUGGAAGGAGCUCAGCCUGCACAGCCAGCUCAGCCUGGUACGAAGACUGCCACCCUUGCAGCUAUGCCAGGAUUAGAGAAAAUGACAGAGAAGGAAUCAGCUCACCCAACCACACAGCAGCUAAACGAACUCACAACCUCAGCCACUGUUAAUGGGGAUUUGGUAGGGCCAGUGUCGCCUACAUCUCUCGUAGCUCCAGCAGCGAUUGGAGAAAGCAUUCCCCAAGAUGUGAGUGAUACAACUUCUUCCAUUCCAAAAGGCACAAGUAUUCAGCCACCAACAGAAGACCACAACUUGCCUGCUGUUGAUGAGCUCAAGAUUUCUGACAAGGAGGAGAGUGAGGUGGAAGGGGAGGAGAGUCUGUGCAGAUGGCCGGGGGAGGUUGAGGAGAUGGAAGGGGACACUAAAACUCUUCUCCUAACUGAUCUCCAGCCGGCUCCCCUCAGCCUCACGACAUCUAUGCCCAACCGACCUGAGAGCCCUGCCCUAUCGUUGAAGUCAGCCCUGUCCGACUCUUCUGGGCCCAGCACCAUGUCAGUGCCACAGUCAGAGUCGGCAGGUUCAGCAUUGGGAGGCUCGGCACAGCAGUGGCAGCCCAGCUCUGCCUGGGUGCUCAGCUGGAAGAAUAAGCUCCCCCUUCAGACCAUUAUGCGGUUGCUGCAAGUGCUUGUUCCGCAAGUGGAGAAAAUCUGCAUUGAUAAGGGAUUAACAGACGAAAGUGAGAUCCUACGUUUCCUGCAGCAUGGAACUUUAGUAGGACUGUUGCCGGUUCCUCAUCCUAUUUUGAUUCGCAAAUACCAGGCCAAUGCUGGUACUGCUACCUGGUUCCGUACUUAUAUGUGGGGCAUCAUUUAUCUAAGAAAUGUUGAUCCUCCAAUAUGGUACGACACAGACGUGAAACUAUUUGAAAUUCAGCGGAUAUAAAGUAUCUUUAAUGUGGUCAACAAAGAAUAUACAUUUGUCUUGAGAAGGUACUGGCCUGUGCUGACUCUCAUGACAAAACCAAUUAAUGGAUAUUUUAAUUUAUUAUAUGCACUACCUGUAUAAGAAUUUCAAAAGAUUACUAUUAAUUUGGACAGAAAAUUUAUGUGACAGGUAAUGCAGUACAUGGAGCUUGUUUUUCUUUUCUAUCUGAUUCAUGUAGAAUUGAGGUUUGAUAUUUAUUUGAUGUGUUUUUUGUUUCAUUUCUCUUUUAGUCAUGAAAUUAAACUUGGUUGCACUGUUUCUGUAUCAAUUUUGUUUUAUAAAGGAAUGUAAGAGGCCAGAUAUUGUGAAGAAUAAUGCAUUUCUUUUUGAGUGAAAUGUUCUAAUGUGCUGAAGCUAAGCGCUAGAUAUUUGUAGUAAAAGUGGAAGGUGGUGGUAUUAUUAAGUCAUAGAAUUCCAGCAUGUAUUGUGUUUGAUGUUUUGCGUGGGAAAAAUUAAAUGUGAAAAAUCAGAAUGAAAAAAAAAAAAAAAUGUAUGGGAAUUACUGGUAAUGUAUGUCUUACAUUGCUGCCAAAAUUGUCUUGAUAAGAAAUAUUAUGCUUUUGAAGUCUCAUGCUUCUGGUAUGAUAACCGAUAUUUAGUUCUUGAAUAGGAACUCUUGUCGAUAAGAAAGAACAAAGACCUGAGCUCGGGCUGUUUUCCAAACUAGUUUAAGUUUGUCCUUGGUGAAAGCCUAAGUUCUAAUUCAUAUGUAAUAAAAUUCACUAAAAAACUACAGGGGACAGUUAUAUACCCAUAGUCAUUGGAUCAGUUAAGCAUCAGAAGCACAAGAGAUGGUAUUUCUUAUCAAGGCAGUAUUGGUAUAUUCACCACUGAUCAAAAAGAGAUCUUAAUUGUAUUGAAACAAAAUUUCCUGAAACUAUGCCUUAAAAAGUGGAAUAGUGUUAUUUAUUUUUGCUGUUAGAUACCAUGGUAAAUCUUUAUCUUUUAAUAAGAACUGUAAACCAUGUUAUGUAAUUUAAUAUUUUUGCGGAUCAAAUUAUGAUAGACACUGAAGAAUUUAACGAACAAAUACUGAUAAGUAUUGAAGAAUUUAGGUUAACAAAUGUUAAAAAUUAUUGAAGAUUUUUGAAGAACAAAUGUUGACAUGCAGAACUAAUGUAUUUUUGUUGUAUCAAGCAGAAUGGCUUGCAGAUUUAGUAUUGGUUUAAAUUGCCUCUGAUUUUGGACUUAGCUAAUGAGGUUUUUGCUUCUAGUCAUACUUUCUAGUUUCUGCUUUACUUAUGACAGGUUAUGUAGAUGACAGUAUUGUCUUCACAUUAGGUUUAUAUACAAACAUAGCUAUGUAGGUUUUUCUUUGUAAAGGGAGAGAUUUUUUUUUUUUUUUUGAUAUACCAGGCUAUCCAGAUUUGACAUGUUUUGGAACUUGUUCAUGUCUGUUGAAUCCCUUUUUCAUCAUUAUUAGAUAUUUUUUUUAUUUUACCCUUGACUUGGAUUCUUGGAUUCCAUUAUUAAUUUCUCUUAUAUAAUUUAUUUGGUUAGUUGUUUUGCAUAUAAUGGGAAAAUUGGUUGAUAAAAUAUCUCAGUCAAAACACUUAUUUUCCUCUGAUGUCUUCUCUACCAAAGGCCACGUGGAACGGAAAACAUGACAAAGACUUUGCUGCUAGGCUACAGUUGCUGAAAGAAAGAAAUGCAAUGCUAAUAAGGUAGAGGUUACAGUGCAAGGGUAAAAUUUAAAAGCUCUUGUAUUAAAAGGCCUCAGGAACUGAAAGGUUCUGAACAUCUGAAUGUUACUUAUUCAUUUAAUGAGUCUCUUUUUUUUUUUUUUUUCACUAGAUAAUUUAUAAGAUGUGACUUGUUAUUUUUCUGAUUAUUAAGCUGUACUUACGUUUUAGAACAUAUUAAGUGUGUAUAUUACCUGAAUAUAUAAUCACCACAGGAGGAAAUGUAAAUGACUGUAUAUGCAAUAUGAAAUGUGCAAUAUAUUAUUUCAAGGAAAAUAUUUUUGCUUGAGAAACAGCUUUUAAGUAUAUAAAAAAAUAUGAACAUAACAUUCAGUAUUACACUAUAUUAGUACAUAAUUUGAAAUCAUUCUUUUGUAACUGAAAGAAAACACAAGGUCAGUUCUACAUCUAUAUUUAUUUGUUUCCAUGUAUACAUUCAAAAGAAAAUAUAUACUUGGUAUAUGUAUUUAUAAUAAAACCAUAUAUAUGUACUUUCUGUAUACUUAGGUGUUUUAUGCAUUUAAAGUAUAUGAAAUUCCAUUGAGUACAUUCCACUGUUGAUUUUUCCUUCUUGAAGGAUGUAUGGAAAAAAUAUUGCAUGUAGAAUCACUGUAUAUUUACAUGUCUACUAUAACUGCUAGAAUGUAGGAUUUAAUAAUAAAAAAAAAAUUAAGAAGAAUGAUAUAUAUGGAGCUUCAUGAUAAGUAAAUUUUUUUUUUUUCUCAAAGAAUUUCUUCAGAUGUUUCGAGGCUUUUCCACAAUAUGGAAUAUGAGCUUGUAAACACCAGCAUGUCAUACCAAUAGCCCCAUCUCUUGUUUACAAUGCUUGUAAAAGAGUAAAACAUUUUGGGCCCCAGGGUCACAAACGAAAGCCGUAUGAAAGCAAUUUCUCUUCCAAUUUGAUCUCAAGGCUUAAUUCUCGAAAGGAUAAGUAAGAAGAGGCUGUUUUUCCCUUGAGUGAGAACUUGGAGAAAGGCCAAGUUAAAUAGUACCUGCUUAUCUGACAAUUUCUAAACCAGGAAAUGGAGUUACUCAGAAGAGUUACUCAAUGUUACUUGACAUAUGAUUGUAUUUUUGUUUUAACUAAUUUAUGAAGUAGAAGAAAAGUAUUUGUAUUAAUUAUUGGUUAGGUCAAUAAUUCUAUUAUUAUUGUUAUUUUAAGAAAUUAACAAUACCAUGAAAUACAAUUUAUAAAUAGAGUUUUGAUUUUACUUCUGUAUACUAAUGCAUUUAUCAGGCUGAAUAUGGCUGUAGCUGCUAUUAAAAUCCAAAAUACUUUGUGUAUAAAGAUUUA